AUGAUUUUCUUUUAAGUGUCCAGAUCAAGCGUUUACUAGUCAUGUGACUUCUUGUAACCUGAUAAAAACUGAGACUAACCAAUGAAAUCAGCAGUAGUGUGUAAAGCUAGGAACAUUAGAGACUUCUUCUUUCUUGUCCACAACUUUUAAGUCACCAGUUUGGUUCUUGUCACGUCUUGGAACUCAACUCUACCAUUUCCUUGAAAAGACUCAGCUAAUACAAAAACAUGAAAUUCACAAGUGACUGCAGGCCUACCCUCUUCAUUGUUCAUCUGUGUUUAACGUUGAUAGUUCUAGUACAGGGAAAAUACACAGAUGAUAAAGAUUGGCUGAGCAAGGUUGUCAACUCUCUAUCUCUAGAUGAGACUGACAGACACUCUGCUGGAGGGAUAGAUGCGAGUGAAGUCGAUGCUUACAUGACGCCUGAACACCAGAAUGACCCUACUGAAUUCCCAUCUGAAUUCCUAAAACCUAAAAGAAUAGGAUUUGGUGGUCUACUUUGUUGCAAUCACCCGCCAACACGACCACCUUCGCAUAAAAGAGAUUCUUUAAACGAUGUCUAUGCGGUCAAGAGUCAGCUUUUAGCGUCUAUCUUCAAGGAUAUUGUUGAAUCAUCAGUAAACAAGGAAAAUAAAUUUCUCAAAAGCUACAGAUUAUCUUCUGAAGAAGUUAGGCCUUGGAAGACAAGCUACACGCUAGAUGAUGAUGAGACCUUGUUUAAACGAGGGGUGAAGGUUAUGAAAGGUGGUUUGGGUGAUAUCAAUACCAGCAGGUGAUGAGCACCCUGUCAUGUAGUCAAAGGUGAACUCAGAAACCAAUCAACUAACUCAAGUCAAUAAAUAAAGCAUUUUCACCUGACUUCAGAAAAAUAUGAUUUAAGAAAACAAAGAGACUCCGACUCAAAUAAACAUUAUUUUUAAAAGUGUA